GGGACGUCUUGCAAGUUCCUGGCAACAAUUAUGAACUGGCAGCCUGACACAACACUCUCGUCACGGUAAAGAUGGCGCUGUUGAACUUGAUUUGGUCUAACCAUAUGGAGAAGCUGAGUGCGUUGUUGCGGUGGGAAAUACUAGUCCUCGUAGCAAUCUUGCUUACCAUGGCUUCUUAUCUACGAAAGACGACAAAAGCCAAGCCCAUCGACCUCCAGCAGUAUUCGCGCUUCCCACAGCCUGAGCCAGUAGACCCUGUUCGAGGCCACUGGCCAUGGAUAGAGAAAGCUGCGGCUGAGGGUGAUCCUCGACGCGCAUUCGAUGAGAUAUUAUACGAACAAGCUGAAAAGCUCGGAUUCCCUCCAGUUCUUCUUGUCGACUUCCGCCCGAUUGAGAAGUUUCCAGUUCUUUUCAUCUUAGACAACGAUGUUGCGGAACAGGUCACCAAGCCGAACAAAUCUUUCAGGACUAGUAUGCCCAAACAUCCCUCUAUCCAGCAGUUAGCACCCCUAGUUGGUGCAAGGUCUCUGGUCACAACAGAUGGCGACGAAUGGAACGCGCUAUACAAACGGAUACGACCUGGCUUCCAACCGAGCCAUCUGCUUAGUCUUGUCGAUGUGAUUCUGGACAAAUCAGAGACGUUUAUUGAGCUCAUGGAACAAAAGGCUGCCAGCGGCGACACUUUUCAUCUCGAAUCCUACACCACGAAUCUUGUCUUUGACAUUAUUGGCAUUGUAACGUUCGCUAUGGAUCUCAACGCGCAGAUCGAUGGGAAACAGUCUGAGAUUCUGCUGACUUACCGCGCUCUCUCCCAAGCUUUCAAUAAGCGCCCCUUCGGAGGAGUGAGCUGGCGCGACUACUUCUCUGCGAACGAGCGCGAGAUCCGAUCCAAGGACAAACAUCUCGAUAGUAUUCUCAAAGCUGUAAUAAAGAAACAGCACAAGGGCAUGCUGUCUGAAAACAUCGACUCCGAGACGAAGAACAAGAGCGUCGCAACACUUAGCCUCCAGGGUAUCGACAGAUUGACACCUCGGAUACUACAACAAACUAGCGAUACACUUCGCGGUUUCCUCUUCGCUGGACACGACACAACAUCUAUUCUUCUUCAAUGGGCAUUCUACGAACUGCACAUACAUCCCUCCGCCGCGCAAACCCUCAAGGCAGAGCUUGACUGUGUCUUUGGUCCAAAUACCCACCCUUCCACCGUAGUGAAGGCGCUGCGAAGUCCUGAAGCAGGGCCGCUCUUGAAACGAUUGUGUUACACUGAUGCUCUGAUCAAGGAGACCUUACGCUUACAUCCACCUGGCACUACUGCGCGCAUCGCUCCAUCGUCAUCAAACACUAUGCUCACUCUUCCCGAUGGCGACACGCUCUGCAUCGAUGGUUUGUGCGUGACACCACGCGCAUACACUAUCCAACGCCACCCAAAGGUCUUCGGCGACAGCCGCAACGACUUCCAGCCUGAGCGAUGGCUCCGCGACGAAGGCAAGAACAUCCCGGAGAGUAGCUUCAGGCCUUAUGAGCGCGGGCCUCGGAGGUGCACGGGAUCUGAGCUUGCGAAUCUCGAGACGAAGAUAGUUAUCGCUUGUGUCGCAAGGCGUUUCGACUUUGUUAAGCAAGGGCUUGGUGAGCUAGACUUGGAUGAGAAGGGCUUGGUGCAGGUUGACGAGAAGGGUAAGGCGAAAACAAAGAGCACGUUGUUCUCGACCUACCAAGUUACCGCGAAGCCAGUCGAUGGCAUGGAGAUUAAGGUGCAGAUCAAGAAACCGUCCUAGGCCCAACCAACAUAAGGCGGUGAAAAAGGCCUCUUUUGUGCUAAAACAGGCUUAGCGUUAGGGUUACGUGUCCGAAUUAAGCGAUUUGCAACCCCCGAUUCGUGAAUUUUAACAUACCCAAUUCAUUGUAACAUGCUACUCUAGCAAAUAUGUUUCUUAUACAAAGGCUUUUCGCGCAUACCUAAUUAGCUGAUCUCUAGAGUCUCGAGCAUUGCAGGCAGAUUUGUGUUAUAUUAGGGUUAGGGGAGGGUGUAACGACGCAGGCAAGACUACUCGGAUUAGUAUCGGCGGUAGUGCCACUCAGAGGCAUAUAGGAGUGCGUAGGACAUCAGAAGGCCUUAAUUCGAGCAGAAACCUAUAGGUCUUAUACGAAAGGAUAUUGAAAAACUACAGAGCUAGCUAUAGGGAGUAUCUCUAUAU